AAGGAAUCUCUACGUUUCUUUCUCUGCAAUUACUCAUUGAGAGCAUCUCUCUCUAGAACAUUGAGUAUUGCUAACUUGAGCAUCGGAGUGUUUUCCCCGAGAAAACAUCCUCAGGAUUUUUAGGUAUAGAAGCAGCUAAGAACUUCAACAGUGUUGGAUUACGAAGCUGCCCAAACAUUUGGCGCCGUUUGUGGGAAACUUGAACAAGAAGUUGCGUAGCUUAACCUGCUGAAAGACAAAAUGGUUCGUACUUUUACAAGAGGUCGCCCUCCAAGAAAUGAAACGGGCGAACAGGAGGACGCCCAACUAUCUGAGCCCGGCUUGAAUGACUCUAGGCCAAUGCCAAGAAACUUUUUCGUCGGGGGAGCAGAACAAGAUCACCUAAGUGAAACGGAUGAUGAUGAAAGAACACCAACUGGGUAUGCAACCCAACCUGAACAGUUCCAAGUUCCAACAGAAACAAGACAAAGACCUUCUAGACCAUACAAUUCACAGCAUGAACGACCUGAAAGGUCAACAGAACCUGCUCAGACAACCGAGCUCGAAGAGAGAACCAGAAUUCUCGAAACGACAAUGGGUAAAAUCCUUGCCCGCUUGAUCCCUGAUGACCCCCUGAUUCCUUUGUUGAAUAGGGAUGCACAACCAGCUGCGGUUGUUGCAACUCGAAACUCCCCCGCUCUAAGCAACAUAGUAGUGCCGACCAGGCCAAGGGGAAGUGUGAAGCUGAAUAUCGAGCCCAGCUUGUCCAAACAUAGUGAAGAACUAAUGAGAAAGAACGCAGACCUUGAAAGACAGUUGUGGGACGGGUUCAAAAUCCCCCACCUGGAAACGUAUGAUGGCUUGGGUGACCCUGAUGAACAUCUGCACACCUAUCAAGCCAUCAUGAGAAUCCAAAAUGCCAAUGAUGCCAUGAUGUGCAAAGUGUUCCCAACAACACUCAAGUCAACAGCCAGGAGAUGGGAGAUUAAACGCACAGCGACCGAGCUGAUGCAAGUUCAUCAAAAAGAAGGGGAAUCUUUAAGGGACUAUAUGCAGCGAUUUAACAAAGCAACUUUAGACAUUGAUAAUGUCCCUGAUACCAUCUGCUUGUCCGCCUUGCUACACGGUUUGAAGCAUGGUCGGUUCCUAGACGACCUGCUAAAAAACCCGUCGAAGACAUGGAACGAAGUGAAUGACAGGUCGGCUAGCUUCAUAUUGUCAGAAGACUUCCAGUCAUCCAAGCGGGGCAGAGGUACCAACUUGGCGGGGCACAAGAUGUAUAUCAGGAUAACCAGUAUCCUCCUGAGUAGGGCAGGGCGUACAGAGGACGUCCGUUCAACAGGAGAGGAUAGGGACAAAGAACUGCCGCCCAGAACCAAAAAGAUAGGAAAGGGGUGGUGUACACUCGGGAGACCAAAGCGCCCGAGGUCGCAAAGCGUAUGCAAGGCAGACUAUAAGCGAGCAGAAGGAGAGCCCGGCGUUAUGAUGCCACAUUCAGAUCCUUUUGUGGCAAUGGUUCAUAUAGGCAACCAUAAUGUCAACAAGGUCUUCAUUGACACUGGUAGUUCGCUGGAUAUCCUGUACUGGAGUUGCUUUCAGAAAAUGCAGCUGAAUCCAAGCUUGCUGCAAAAGCAUGAAGGGCCUAUAUAUGGGAUGGCUUCCGUUACCUUCCUGGUCGUCAAGAUGGAGUCAGCUUUCAACGCUAUACUAGGAAGAGCCACUCUUCGCGAGCUGAAGGCUGUCAUCUCACAACCCCAUCUCUGCAUGAAAUUCCUAACAACUCAAGGGGUAGGAGUGCUUAAAGGGAAUCAAAAGAUGGCCAGAGCCUGCUACCAAGAUACUUUCAAAAAGGUUGAGCUCACUGCAGCCUCUGUAAGUUCUGAGAAUCAUAGGCCUACUCAGCCCGGUCAACAGACAAUGAGCAUAUCAGACAUCGAGCAUCGACCUGAAGGUGUCAAGCAGAAGGCUAAACCGGUAGAAACGGUCCCUGUAAACCCGGAUGUGCCAGAAAGGACGAUUAAUAUCGGCACCAGGCUCAUAGAAGAAGAGCGGACAGAGCUUUUGGAGUUUUUGAGGGUUAAUCAAGAUGUUUUCGCGUGGACUACGGACGAAAUGCCUAGCAUCCCAGCGGAAUUGACAGUCCACAAGCUAAGCACGGACCCCACCAGAAAGCUGGUGGCGGGCUUUAUUAGAAGAGUGGAGUACUCUGAGUGGGUGUCCAACCCUGUGCUCGUCAAAAAACCGAACAGCAAGUGGAGGAUGUGUAUUGAUUUCACCAACCUAAAUGAGGUGUGUCCAAAAGACCCUCAUCCCUUGCCAAAUGUUGAAAAGCUAGUAGAGCGGGCAGCCGGGCACGAACGGAUGAGUUUCCUUGAUGCCAGCUCGGGAUAUCAUCAGGUUCAGUUGCUAUUGGACGACCACAUUUAUCAGGUCGUUACAAGGGUUGCAGCUCAUGACAGAUCACAGACCUUUUCACAAAUCAAUGGAUAUCUGAGGUCCACGAGCUCGCCUCUUUUCAUGCCACCUUUCAGCUCGGCUACCAUCGAGGUCGGCUGCGAGCUGUCAAGAUGCAUGUCAGCACUUGGGGCUAUAAAUACCCCCCAACUAUCUCCGAGGAAGAUAAGGAAUCUCUACGCUUCUCUCUCUACAAUUACUCCUGUAUCUCUCUCUAGAACAUUGAGUAUUGCUAACUUGAGCGUCGGAGUACUUUUCCCGAGGAAACAUCCUCGGGAUUUUCAAGUGUAGAAGCAGUUAAGAACUUCAACAAUGUUGGACUACGAAGCUGCCCAAACACCUAGGUUAGGGGAGAGAGGUUUUUUUUUUUUUUGGAGGAGGCUGGAGAUUUUAGGUGAUUCUGGGUUUUGAUAAGUUUCUAGGGAGUUCGAUCAGAGCUGUACCUUGGUUAAUCCAAGCUUGCAGCUCCCAUUUUAGAAGCAAAACCCGAUUUCCAGCCACCCUUUGCUUUCUGUUGAUCCAGGAUACUUAAUUCCUGUGGUCAUCGGAGCUCUGUUUACUCACCUCAAACUAAAUUAGAUCUACGUUCUGGAAGCCUUGUACGCGAAGAUCUCGAUUUCUUCACUUCAUCAUUGUAAGUAACUUUCAAUUUCAAUAAAAAUCUCGAAUUUUC